AUGAACUCACUGCCACGUCUGCUGGGCGCGAGAGCCACCGAGUUGCGGCGUAGUUCGGCGGCCGGACUGAACGUGGUGUCGCAGCGUCCUCCGUUGCCGCCGAAGAUUGAGCUGCGUAGCCACAGCUACGACGGACUGCUGGACGAUUCGGCCAGCAUGCAGCGACGCAAGGCCACCGGUGUGGGACAACCGACAGGGACAAAGCUAUCAACCGAAGGGCAUGAUCGAGUCGAUGGGCGAGAUGCGAUCGCUAGCCAGCAGCAGGCAGGAGAGCACGAGGAACCGAUCGCCAGGAAGGUGUUUGUGGAACCGAGCGGAGCGUCGGUCGGAACGGAAGCAUCGGUCAAGAGCAAAAACCGACGAUCGCGUAGCAUGGACGAUCUGUUCGAUGACGACGGACCCGGCGGCGAGUGUACGUUAUUCGACAACACGCAGAGCAUGGAGACACUGCUGGAGCCGGCCUCACCCACAUCGACGACGGCUCCCGAAUGUGCGCCCGAGACACCACCACCCCGUGCGAUGGGAGGUGGUAACAUCUGUCUGAACCGACGCUUUGUGCGCGAAGAUACGGCCGAGCGUCCGGACGACACGAUCGACGACUCGCUCGGAUCUCACACCGCAUCACACGAGCAGCUGUGCGAAAAGGAAACGAUCACGGUCGACAGUACGCCGCGGAUGCGCGCGGACGACGCUGGUGCCCAUGACCCGGGGGACCCGAAAGGGCAACCCGACGAACAGGAGGAGGACGACAUCGAGUCGACCCAUUCAUCCGUAACCUCCUCGCUCGGAUCGACCGCAUCGGGUGAGAGGGCCGGCGGUGGGCCCAGGAAAGCCCCCAAACCACUGAUCAACCGAUACGUGAAGAAGGUGAAAUCGUUCAUGAAGAUGUAA